AUGGGUGCGGUCGAAGAGGUUUCUAGUGUCUUUGACACAAUCCUAGUGCUUGAUUUUGGUUCUCAGUACUCUCACUUGAUUACCAGAAGGUUGAGAGAGUUCAAUGUAUAUGCAGAGAUGCUUCCUUGCACUCAGAAGAUCUCCGAAUUAAAAUGGAAGCCCAAGGGAGUGAUUUUGUCAGGAGGCCCAUAUUCUGUAUAUGCAGAGGAUGCACCACAUGUUGAUAGAGCAAUUUUCGAACUGGGAGUUCCAAUCCUAGGAAUUUGUUAUGGGUUACAGGAGUUGGCAUGGAUUGCAGGUGUAGAUGUUGGACGCGGAGACAAGAGGGAGUACGGACGUGCAACAUUACAUGUUGAAGAUAUCGGAUGCCCAUUGUUCAAGGAUGUGGACAAUUCUACUGUGUGGAUGUCACACGGGGAUAAAUUACAUGGGUUGCCUGAUGGAUUUAAGGUGAUAGCUACUACGGAGAAUUCCCCUUACUGUGGGAUUGCAAAUGAGUCUAAGGCAAUCUACGGAAUUCAGUUCCAUCCGGAGGUGACACAUUCCUCACAAGGAAAGCAGUUGUUAAGGAACUUUUCUGUCGAUGUCUGUGGCGCAACACAGAAUUGGACAAUGGAGAACUUCGUUGAUACUGAAAUCCAGAGGAUUAAAACAUUGGUUGGUCCUACUGCGGAAGUGAUCGGAGCUGUUUCUGGUGGUGUAGAUUCUACGGUUGCAGCUAAAUUGAUGACUGAGGCCAUUGGUGAUCGGUUCCAUGCAAUUUUGGUUGAUAAUGGUGUCUUGAGAUUAAACGAAGCUGCUAACGUGAAAAAGACUUUACAAGAAGGAUUGGGAAUCAAUUUGACUGUUGUAGAUGCGUCUGACGAGUUUUUGAGUAAAUUGAAGGGUGUUACUGAUCCUGAAAAGAAGAGAAAGAUUAUUGGGAACACUUUCAUCCACGUUUUUGAAAGAGAAGCAGCCAAAAUUCAUCCAAAGAGCGGCGAAGCAAUCGAAUUCUUAUUACAAGGUACCUUAUACCCAGAUGUUAUUGAGUCGAUUUCCUUUAAGGGCCCAUCUCAAACUAUUAAAACACAUCACAAUGUUGGAGGCUUACUAGAAAAUAUGAAGUUGAAGUUAAUUGAACCAUUAAGAGAAUUGUUUAAGGAUGAGGUCAGACAUUUGGGAGAAUUGUUGGGUAUUUCUCAUGAAUUAGUCUGGAGACAUCCUUUCCCAGGCCCUGGUAUCGCUAUUCGUGUUCUUGGUGAAGUUACUAAAGAGCAAGUUGAAAUUGCUAGAAAAGCUGACCACAUCUAUAUCGAGGAGAUCAGAAAGGCGGGUCUCUACAACAAGAUCUCACAAGCAUUUGCCUGCUUAUUACCAGUGAAAUCUGUUGGUGUCAUGGGGGACCAAAGAACUUAUGAUCAAGUGAUUGCUCUAAGAGCCAUCGAGACCACAGAUUUUAUGACUGCUGACUGGUUCCCAUUUGAACAUGAUUUUUUGAAGCAUGUUGCAUCUAGAAUUGUUAACGAAGUUGACGGUGUUGCGAGGGUUACUUACGAUAUAACUUCUAAGCCUCCUGCUACUGUUGAGUGGGAAUAG